AUGUCCCGCCGUUCCCGCAAAUCGGACGACGAUUCAAAACCUUCGGAUGAAAGCGCCGAUAUAGACGACCAAGAAGAAGUUACCCGUUGUGUCUGCGGAAAUGACGAGUUGGCGGCUAUAGACAGCAGCGUGUCGUCUUUGCUUCAACAAGAAUACCACAUUAAAGUGGACACGGGGCUUUUCAUUCAAUGCGAUCUGUGUCUGGUUUGGCAGCACGGUUACUGUGUUGGGCUAUUUACAAGUGAAGAUGUUCCGGACAAGUACUGGUGUGAAGAGUGCAAGCCCGAUCUCCACAGAGAAGUGGCAGCAGCGGAUGGCAAAAGAACUCUUUACCGCCCGGUGAACGACAGCCGAAAAAAGCUAAUUGCAGCCAGUACAGUGGAGCUGCCGGCGCCAGAACGGGCCGAUUCGGCCAGCGCCCCAGAACGGCCUGUGCGUCUGCGCAGCCGCCGCAGCCCGCCAGAAGCGUCGCCAGAGGCUGCGGGGAGCGACACAAAUACACGCCAGGCACGCAAGGAGCGCCGCCACGAUGACCAUGACGAGCAGCUCCAGCAGGCGCUCCGCGAAAGCCGCAGCUCUGACCGAGCCGCCGACCAGGGCGCCAACCUGGCGGCUGCUGAGUCGGAAGAAGCGGACGAGGGUCGACCCGGGCGGAAAAGACCGCGUCCGCGGCCCAAGCUGCGGCCCAAGGACGAUAAAACCAGCGAAGCUUCAAAGGACGAGCUUUUGAGCCAGCAGUCCCGACCGCGGUUUGUCAAUGCCCAAAGCACAAUCUACGAGUUGCGGAAGCGUACAGGCGCCAUUCUCGAGUGGCUCGGGCGCACGCAGAUGGAAUUGGAGGAAGAACGCAGCGCUCCGCUGUUUGAUGAGAAUUUGCGGUUGAUGGAGCGCUUGACAGAGAAGAUUCUUGCGUGGGAGCAGCGCUUCGGGAAGUAUGCCCCAUAG